UGAUAAAGGGGAAGGUUUAAAUAGCUGAUCAGCGAGAAUGAUCAGCAUUGCUGUAGUAGUGACUGACUUGGCAACAUGAAGGCUACUUUCGCAAUCUUCAUCCUGGCUCUGGCCGGAGCCAGCGCACAGAUUGGACUCCUCAAGACCGCCCUCAGAUUGAAAUGGGGUCUCCCCCUGGUGGACUCGGAGUACUUCAUCGACAUUCCCCGCGAGGAGCUGAUGAUCAUCUCGGAGGGGUGGCGCCUCGUGCAGCGGCCGAGCUCCUUCCCCAUGCCCGCUCUGAAGAUGUACUGCAUGAGGGACGACUACUCUGUGUGCACGCUGUACGACCCUGAUACCGGUUUCGUGUCUGGUCUGCAGAUCUCUCUGCCGGUCCAGAAGUUCACGGAGACGCCCAUCGCCCUGGACACCAUCGGGUUCUCCAAGUGGACCGCCCCGGACAACGUCGAGUACUGGGCCAACAUGCAGUUCUUCAUCUCUCCUGAGACAUACAAGAAGAGCCCAUCCGAACGCAUGGCGCUCGCCCGCGCUGACGAGGCCACGCUGAAGGAGGGCGGCGUGUGGGUGCCGGACCUGGAGGGGCAGCUCAUGAAGAUCGAGGGCACGGAGCAGGGCAUCCAGAACAGCAUCUUCACCAAGCAGGCCUGCAUCGUGUCGAUGGGUGACCACUACUACUACGACAUGAAGCCCAGCAUCGACUGCUCGCGGCUGUUCCCCUGGUUCGGGCUCAUCAACGCCGGCAACCUGGAGGCCACGGGCUUCAUGGUGUUCGGCAAACUGCCCGCUGUGGCUUCCGGCAAGAGGACCUGGUUCGAACACCCCGCCAGGGCUGCUGUGCAGGCGAUCGUCCCAAGCGCCCCGCAGUGCCUGUACGAGCUGGCCGACAACCCCGGAGUAUACACCCUGCACAUCUACUACGGCAAGCACCCCUACACCAUCACUUGCUAGACCGUCACUACCCUUCAACAGCACCGUGAGGAGUUGAAGUCCACAGUGAUGAUCAAUGUGAAGUGUGCAUUUAUGCAUUUAUAAUGAUAGUCGAUUAAGAUCAAGACGAAUAAAGAUUAAUUUAUGUAAUCAUUUAA